GCCGUUUGAGCCGUGAUAGUACGGGAUUGUAGGAGUGUAAUUUCUAGGUGUGUCAUUCUAAAUAUUGAACUAGAAUGUCUCGCGAAUUCUUGACUAAAAUCUUGUACGAAUAUUCUGACAAUGUGAAACUACGUCCUCGCGUAUCGUGCGCUAGGUUUAGGUAACGUUUGUGCCGGGACAUCUGUAAAACGGUGAUCGAAUUGUGUUAUUCGGUGUGUCGUGUACGCGAUUUAUUCUGGUUUGAUGGUAAAUUAAAAUGUGGAAUAUGAUGUGCGACGUGAUGCCCACUAUAUCUGAAGACAGUAUCAGCCAGAGGAGUUCGCAGUUUUCUGGCGAAGAUGCGAAUUUCGAGCAACUUAUGGUGUCGAUGCUCGACGAGAGAGAUAAGUUGGUGGAGAGUCUCCGGGAGACUCAGGAGCGGCUCGGAGACUCGGAGCUGCGCCUGAAGGAGGUGGAAAAGGAGCGGGACUCGUUGCAUCGGCAGAUCGCUGCGAACUUGCCUCAGGAGUUUGCCACUCUCACGAAGGAGCUCAAUCAAGCGAGAGAGCAGCUGUUAGAGCGAGAGGAAGAGAUCUCGGAGCUCAAGGCGGAGAGAAACAACACAAGGCUACUACUCGAGCACCUAGAAUGCCUAGUGUCGCGGCACGAGCGGUCGCUGCGCAUGACCGUGGUGAAGCGGCAGGCGGCGGCGCAGUCGGGCGUGUCCUCCGAGGUCGAGGUCCUCAAGGCGCUCAAGAGCCUCUUCGAGCACCACAAGGCGUUGGACGAGAAGGUCCGGGAACGGUUACGAGUAGCGUUAGAAAGGAACACAGCAUUAGAAGAAGAACUAGCGUUAACCAAAGAAGAACUGCAACAGUACAAAUCGGGUUCAGACUCGGAGCGGCCGAAAGAAAACGGCGCCGUGAGCACCGGCUCGCCAGAACAGAACGGCGAGCAACUACAAACUAAGGAGGGUAGCAUAAACGGAGAGGACAGGAUAACGAGCGAGCUGCAAAACACGAUCGCCAAGCAGUCGGCAGAGCUAAGCUCCUGGCAGCGGCGGGUUGCGGAGCUGAACAACAAAGUGAGCGAGCUCGAGGAGCGGCUGACCAAGGGAGAGAAGGAGCUAGCCAAGAAGCAGGAGGAGUGCGUCAAGCUACCGGAUCUGCGGGAAAACGGCGCGCAGAAGGAAGACCAGGAGGAGCGGAUAGCGACCCUGGAGAAGCGGUACCUGAACGCGCAGCGCGAGUCCACGUCCCUGCACGACCUCAACGAGAAACUCGAGCAGGAACUGCAGCACAAGCAGGCCCAACUCAAGCUGCAAGAGGAAAAGAUCGCGGCCAUCGAGGAGAAGCUGGAACUGUCAUCGCAGAAGCUCGCUCAGAUGUCCUCGCUGCCCGAGAUGGAGGAGCAACUGAAGGCGCGCAUGGAGGCGCUCAGCCAGGUUGGCAUUGCUCAAGAGCGGCACGGAUCAGCCGAGGACCGCAUCCAGCGGUUGGAGGCUAGCGUCGAGGAGAAAAACGCUGAGCUGAUGAGGCUGAACCAACGGUUGCGGAUGAACGAGGAGCACAACACGCGGCUCAGUGCCACGGUCGAUAAACUGCUUUCCGAGUCUAAUGAUAGGUUACAAGUUCACCUCAAAGAGCGGAUGCACGCGCUAGACGAGAAGAAUGGACUGACCCAGGAGUUGGAGAAGACGAGGAAGUACGCCGAGGAACUAGUCGCCGAGAAGCAGGAUAUCCUCAAAGAGCUCGCCAAGUGGCGCAUGGAGACUGAACAGCUGAAACGGCAAAUGCUACAGCAAGAGAUAGCGUUUAACAUCCAGCAAACGGACGCGCUCACGAGGUCGCUCUCGCCGGGCGCGCCGCCACAACCGCCGCCUCAAGCUCUGUUCCAAACUAAGUUGGACGGGUCAUGGGAGAAGCUACAGCAAGCUCACGUAUUAGCCAACGUACAACAGGGCUUCGAUGUUUCCAGCGACGCGGAAAACGACGAAUCCGACGGAGGCGUCGAAGGCGGACACACGGACGCGGCAGCUCUCGCGCUAAUGCUGCAAGAGCAGCUCGACGCAAUAAAUACAGAGAUCCGGCUCAUACAGGAGGAGAAACAGAGCACCGAGGCCCGGGCCGAGGAGCUGGAGUCCCGGCAGGUGGGCAGCUACGAGCACAUGAACGUGGUGUCGCGGCGCGGGGACUCGCCGCCCCUCGCCGCGUCCCCCUCGCGCCCGCACCUCGCGCCCAUACACAAGUACCACACGGCCCCGGCGUCGAUGUCCCCCGCGCACGCGCACUACCGCCCCCCGCCGUCGUCCGAGAGCCUGCCGUCGAGCCAGUUACAGUUGUGCGAGGACGGAGUGGCCGCGGAAGGCGCCGAGUCGCCGCUGACGGCGCGAUCGCUCCGGCUCGAGCGGGCGCGCGCGCUCCACGCCGAGCGGGACCGGCUGAGGACGCACUACCCGGCGCCGUAUGACUCGACUUCAAUAAUGUCAGGAUCUAUGACGCGGAUCCCAAUACACAGCUCGAGCCAGGAGUCGCUGGCGGCGGGCGGCGCGUGGGGCGGCGCGUCGCCGGGGCUGCCGCGCGGCGUGGCGGCCGCCGCCUCCGCCGUGUCCAUCGCCUCCAUGCACCAGCAGAAGAAGAGGGGCAUCAAGAGCUCGCUGGGGAGGUUCUUCAGCAAGAAGGAGAAGGCUGGGAUGCCGAUGCAGCAAGGCGGCCAACCGCGGUCGCUGUCGUCGGCAUCUUCGUUAGGAUUAUCAUCGUUAGCCGACGACGCGCCGGAGGCUGCGCCCGCGCCUCUAGUACAAGACUACGCUCGCAAUAAGAGCAAAGACCGCGACUACCGACACGAAUUACUAGGCGAAGCUAUGCGCGCCGGCACACCAUUCGCGCUAUGGAACGGUCCUACCGUAGUCGCGUGGCUAGAGCUAUGGGUGGGCAUGCCUGCCUGGUAUGUGGCCGCUUGUCGCGCUAAUGUGAAGAGCGGAGCUAUUAUGUCUGCACUGUCUGACCAGGAGAUUCAGAGGGAGAUUGGUAAGCAUAAGCAACCCCUCCACCGGCUGAAGCUGCGGCUGGCGAUCCAGGAGAUGGUGUCCCUCACGUCGCCCUCCGCGCCGAGAGCGGCGUGCGCGGCGCUCGCCUUCGGGGACAUGAACCAUGAGUGGAUCGGGAACGUGUGGCUGCCUUCACUAGGAUUACCUCAAUACCGGACGACGUUCAUGGAAUGUCUAGUGGAUGCGCGGAUGUUGGAACACCUCACCAAGCGGGACCUGCGCACGCAGCUCAAGAUGGUCGACAGCUUCCAUAGAACGUCGCUCCAUUUCGGCGUGGCGUGCCUGAAGCGUGUGGGCUACAGCGUGCGCGCGCUGGAGGAGCGGCGGCGCGCGGCCGAGCACUGCUGCCGCGACGUGCUCGUGUGGAGCAACGAGCGCCUGCAGCGGUGGCUGCUCUCCAUCAACCUGAAGGAAUAUGCAAAUAACUUGGUGGAGAGCGGGGUCCACGGAGCACUGAUCGCGCUAGAUGACAAUUUCGACGCCAAUAGCAUGGCGCUCGCGCUGCAGAUUCCUACGCAGAAUACGCAGGCGCGGCAAAUUCUCGAAGUAGAAUUCGCGAACCUUCUACAAACCGGCACGGAGCGCGCGGCGCGCAUGACGCACGACCACCAGCCCGCCUCCUGACACCACACCAUGAACUAGACUGUCGGCCAACGUCGGCCAGUGUCGGCCAACACCGACAUCUGUCGGCCAACGUCGGCCAACGUCGGCCGACACCGGCAGCCGGGCGCCCGGCGACCACCGACCGGCAACUGUGAAUAAACGUUUAAUUUAAUUUAUUUGACUGGUACAAACUGCAAGUGAUACAGUUUUUUAUCUUCCAUAGACCUAUGGAGUUUUUAUUCCGGCUUUUAGACGUCGGCAUCGAGUGGUAACAUUCUGUAGUAAAAUAAACUCUAGAAUUACAUUUGUAAUGUAUACGACUUGAGUUUCCGUUUUUGUAGUUUCGUGUGUGACUAUAUUUGUGAAAGAAAUGGUUUCGGAGCUAAAAUUGUAGCAGAAAAACGUAUUCUAUCAUUCUAAGAAAAUAUUUAAUCGUUUAAAUAACAUUUGGUAUUUGAAAAUCAUUAUUAAAUAAAAAUUGUCGCAGAAAGUUCUAACUAGCUUACGUCAAAUAAUUAAAAAUUAGGGUUAGUUCCAAAACGAGUACUUUCAUGAAUAUUUCUCUACGAUACUAUAGUGUUUAUUUAUUUUUAACGCUAGUACAAAUUUCUCUGAAUAACAAUAAAGUAGACAUAAAUUCUUUCAAUAACGUAUUUUUACACAAUUUUUACUGUAGAAUGUUGCCAUCGUUACAUCGUUGUUGAUACUUACAAUAAAAGUUGUCAUUACUGUUAAACAUAUAAAGUUGUAGCGACAUGCUUUAUAAUAUAAUAUAUGAUACAAAGUGCUCUGAUACUGUUAGAUUUACUAUGUACUUAACAUUUAUUCCGAUAUUUAUAGUAAUAGAAACAAAUAAAUAAAAUAUAUUUAAGCGGUUAUGGAAGCGUCCUUGAGAAAAUCAUAGUCUAUAAGAUCAAUCGCGACUUUUGAUCAAAAAAAAGAGUUAUUAUGCUCCAUGUUUGAGGACUUUUUUUAAUGGAAUUUCACAAAUAUACUCAUGACAUUAAUAAUAUUCUGAAUACUAGUAUUCAUCUGUAUACUUAACUUUCUUUACUAUUUAACUUACUUCAGUAUUCCAUCAAAUGUAUUUUAAUCCAUUUUCAACUAUUUACUAUAAGAAUGAAGUUCCAAAUUGAACUAAAUGUGCCUGUAGUUAGUCUAUUAUUUUCUCAAUUUGACGCUGAAACUACCACUUCGGACAUUUUCAUACUCUGAUGCCAAAUAUUAGUUACUCAAACUAAUAUACUUAGAGUUAAACCUGCUGAUAGUCCAAACACCAAAUAGAGAGACGUUAACACCUUAAAUUGAGAAAGCGAGUCUCAAAAGUUCAAACCAAUUUUCUUGAAACACACACACACACACUUGCAAAACAUUCAUGCCUCUCUAUCUCUUUUCAUGAAAACAAAAGAGACACAAAAAGCCAUAGCUGCAAAUACACAAAUAAGCAAAAAAUAGAAGGUACUCUCAAGAAUCUAAUAUCACCUUAUGUUUGGACGAAAGCAGUCAAUAAGAGUCAACGCUCAGAAAUAAGAUACAAUUUGGACAUGUUUAUAAUAGGUGUGCCUAAUGAAUAUAGGAUUGGGAACAGGAAAUAAUGAGAAAGAUUUAAAACUAAAACUGCUAUAAAUAACAACUGUUAACUUAUUUUUUCACUCUUAUAAAUUAGUCAAAUUGCUCUUUUGACGGUUUUUUCUUUAUUUAUUGUGGUUAUUAAGUACAGUGUAUUAAACACCUUAUAAUUAAAAACAUACCUGCAAAACUGCAUCUACAGUUUGACUGCAGACUGCAGUUUGUGUUGGUUAAUUGUUUUGAAUAAAGUUUAACGUGUUAUCCAAGUAACUCCAAAAUGCUCUGACUUUUUACUAUUUCGUUAAUGGUUACAUUACAUUUUUGAGAUACGAACACAAGCAAGUUUCUCCAAUGUAACCUCUAGCGACAUCUGUAUUUUAAAACCUGAAGUUUGUCAUUAUUUCCUAUUCGCGCUCAAGGCCUGCGUACCAAGUGCCUCGCUGAGGUGUGUAUAUAAUAGCUUAUGUAGUUGAAUGUGUGCCUCCGAGUGUUUGUACAUCCAUAGUAUUAGGCGGUUCACGUGUGUGCGGGCGAGACAGCGCUGUAUACGUGUCUCGUUCACACCGAACCGCGUUACCACAGUAUAUCAGCAAUAUUAUUUUGUUUUUUAAUGUUUUUUUAUAACGUUUCAAGUUUGACAUUGUUGUACUGGAUUACAUAGAUAUUCUGAUGUGUUUUUAAAUUAAUUUUAAGGUUGGAUAUUUUUUUAGUUUUAUAGCAAUAUUCUUUUAUAUUUUAGAUUUUUUUUACAGAAUGUAUGUCAACUUUUAUUCGCGCUUUAAUGUAAUAUACAUUUAUGAAUUUUGUUUUAUGUACCUAAUGUAAUCCAGUAUUAACAAUAUUGUUACCGCAAAAUAUGGUAUCGACAAGAUUACUGACUAUUUGCCGAAAUGAUUCCAGUUCAUUCUUAUGAAAUCAUAAAGAUAAAAUUAUAAAGAAAUAUAGUUCACUUUAUAUUGAACUGAGAAUUUAAGUGUCGAUUAUAGCACGUAUACACAGUUGCAUUACAAAGUCGACUUUACCCCGUGCUAAUAAAGAAGACUUUUAAAGGAACUUGUGGUAGUCCCAGAAAAAAGCCCGGUUACUAGUCUGUGUACAGUGUUAUACAGUUGUGUUAGAUUCUUAUAUUUUAUUAUACGCGAGUAGCGACCGCACAUUGCGGGACGGCCCCAUACUGUGUUGGGCAUAAGAUUUUGUAUUUAUCGACGAUAACUUUUUACUUUCCUUAAUUCUAUGAAAUUUAGUAAAUAUCUUGGAUACUUGCUCAGGACUACUUCUACGAUUUUUUGUAAAUACCAUAAAGGUUAUAAUUAUAAACUGAUUAAUUUUGUGUUCAACUACAAGUAUGGUGCCGUUUUAUUGACCGUCGCUGCAAUAGGUAUAUUUUGUUAAGCCUUUAAAUUAAUUACAAGCAACCGUCUUGCGCGCUCGACACUUUUAAUAUUUAUUUUAAAUUGGACUUUUAACUAAUCUUAUGUCGCGCGCUCACGACGCUAUUGUAAUAUCGGUUAAAUAAAGAUUAUAAUUGUAUAGCUAAACAAUUUUAAUUUGAAUCUUUGUAGCGAAUAUUGUAAAUAUGGUUUGAUAGCGAUUACGCCGCCCGAGCGGACAUAGCAAUACUUAGCUAGCUAGGAUGUGUUCAAACUUUACAAGAUUAUUUUUAAUAUUUUACCGCUUUACUAUUUAUUAACUAGGACUUAUUAUUUAUUAAGUUUUAACUACUAGUUACUAUGGAGCUGUAUCUUCUAAUUGGUUACGAAAUACCUCAACUCGUGUAAAUGUAACGGUUGUCUGAAUCACAAGUUUAUUUUAAGCGUGAAGGAACAUUAAAGGGCUGCUAUGUACUUUGAAUAGGUAUCCAAUAACUGUGUAUAGAGUAACGAGUAACAGUAUUAAUAAAUUAGGUGAGUGUUACGUGUGGUCACAGUGUGAAAAUUAUAUUAAAAAGUUAAAUCGUAGCUAACUUCGGAAAAGUACUAAAUAUUUUGCCACGCAUUUUGGAACGCUUCCGCAUUUUUGCCGCGGUUUUUUUGACAAGAAUCGUUUCUUAGUUCACGCAAGUUGUAAUUCUAAAGAGUGUCCCAAAAAAACCGUUCGCAAAAAUAUCAAGGGCGAUAAGUCAUUUCAUGAAAAACAUUUAUGAAUAUCUCGUAUUCAGAUAUUGUAAUCAAAAAUAUUUAAGUGGCUAACUUUGGGCAUCAUGUAACAUUUUAAUUGACUAAAACAAUUGGACAUUGAAUAAAAAAAAUACUGAAAUGUAUAUAAAUUAAAGUGUAAUUAUAAAUAUGUAUUCAGUUAUUCGAUAUUGGUAUUGCAAAAAUAUUCAUUACUCUUUACCUAUAUUGGUAUUUCUAUUUUACUUCCAACGCUUUUUUUCUGUCCAUUUCUGUGUAGAUAUGCAUCUAGUCAACUGGAGCAAAACUAAUACCGAAUAACUGGACUGUGUUUUAUAAAUAAAUCAGUUAAAGUUCUACAAAAUGGAAACUGUAAAAAAGUGGUUACUAGUUAGGCAUUUUGACAAUUAUGCCAGUUUUGAUUUUGUAGAUAUUUUGACUGGUAUCGCGAAACGCAGUCGGGGUGGGGUAGCGAGAGCGAGACAGCGAUAUGCCCGCGUCUCUAUAUCAUACAUACACAUCAUUGUUUCAUUAUCAAUGAAAAUAUAUUAAACGACUACAUAAAGUUUUAUAUGCGACUACGUUUACAAAAUGGUUAUUUAGUUAUUUGUUAGUGUAUAGCUUUUCGAUGUAGCUACAUUUUUGUAUAAAGCUCGUUCGUUAGUAGGAAAUGCGAAACGGUUUUUUCUAAAACCGUUGCUUUAUUUCCUGUUUAGCAUAGCGCGGUCAGUGUACAGUGUACACUGGCCGCUUGUAGUUCGCGUCCGUGUGAGCCGAGAAUUAAAAAAAAACGGCUCCGUCAAACGUCCAUUGAUCCCCUCUGUUCCGAUUCCUCCUAAAGUGCCAACGUUCGACAGACGGUCGCGGGCGAACAAUAAAUAUAAUUAAAUGGCCGCUCUAAAAAGUACCUAAUUCUCUGUUUUGUUUUCCAACGUGCCCAUCUUUUUUUUCUAAUGUAAUAGUACAUUACAUCAGAGGCCGGGAAAAUGAGGAUUUCCGGCCAAGUGGGAAUAUACGGCCGAGCGAGCGUGCGAGCGAGGCCGGAUAGGAUACGAGGCCGGGA